CCGGCGGCGCGGCGACGAUGGCGGCGGCGUUUGAAGCCCCAGCGGCCUUAGCGACGGUGGAGGCCGCUAUGCCGGCGGAGUGUGUGGCCUCACAGCUCGUGGCCUCGGAGCCAUUCCCCGGGCCGGUGCGGGGUCUGCGGACGGCUCACGACAUCAGCGGUCCACGGACCCGCACGGGGGACGUGCUGCUGGCGGAGCCGGCCGACUUCGAGUCCCUGCUGCUGUCGCGGCCGGUGCUGGAGGGGCUUCGCGCAGCUGGCUUCGAGCGGCCCUCGCCGGUGCAGCUCAAGGCCAUCCCUCUGGGGCGCUGCGGGCUCGAUUUAAUUGUUCAAGCCAAAUCUGGCACUGGGAAAACCUGUGUGUUCUCUACCAUUGCUUUGGACUCGCUAGUUCUUGAAAACCUAAGUACGCAGAUUUUGAUCUUAGCUCCUACAAGAGAAAUUGCUGUACAGAUACAUUCUGUUAUUACAGCUAUUGGAAUAAAAAUGGAAAGCUUAGAGUGUCACGUCUUUAUUGGAGGGACUCCAUUAUCACAAGACAAAACCAGACUUAAAAAGUGUCAUAUCGCUGUUGGCUCUCCUGGCAGAAUUAAACAACUGAUAGAACUUGACUACUUGAAUCCAGGCAGUAUACGUCUAUUUAUUCUUGAUGAAGCAGAUAAGCUUUUAGAAGAAGGCAGCUUCCAGGAGCAAAUAAACUGGAUUUAUUCUUCCUUGCCUGCCAGUAAACAGAUGUUGGCAGUAUCAGCUACCUACCCUGAAUUUUUGGCUAAUGCUUUGACAAAGUACAUGAGAGAUCCCACUUUUGUAAGACUAAAUUCCAGUGAUCCAAGUCUCAUAGGUUUGAAGCAAUAUUACAAAAUUGUCAAUUCAUACCCGUUGGCCCAUAAGAUUUUUGAGGAAAAGGCUCAGCAUUUACAGGAACUGUUCAGCAGAAUUCCAUUUAAUCAAGCCUUAGUCUUUUCUAAUUUGCACAGCAGAGCACAACAUUUGGCAGAUAUCCUUUCUUCUAAAGGCUUUCCUGCUGAGUGCAUUUCAGGCAACAUGAAUCAGAAUCAGCGUCUUGAUGCUAUGGCCAAACUGAAGCAGUUUCAUUGCAGAGUCCUCAUUUCCACAGAUUUGACUUCCCGUGGAAUUGAUGCUGAGAAGGUGAACCUGGUUGUAAAUCUGGAUGUACCAUUGGAUUGGGAGACAUACAUGCAUCGGAUUGGCAGAGCUGGCCGUUUUGGUACUUUGGGGUUGACAGUGACCUACUGUUGUCGGGGAGAAGAAGAAAACGUGAUGAUGAAAAUCGCCCAGAAAUGUAACAUCAACCUUCUGCCUUUACCAGAUCCCAUUCCUUCUGGUCUAAUGGAAGAAUGUUUGGAUUGGGACGUGGAGGUUAAAGCAGCUAUGCAUACGUAUGGCUUAGCAAGUGUGCCCACCCAGCCCUUAAAAAAGCAGAUCCAAAAAGUGGAGAGAACCUUUCAAACUCAGAAAGCUCAUGGUAACCACGUGGCUUCAUCUAGAAAUACUUCUGUAUCUUCACUAGUAGUCAAAUCAAAAAAUAAUACUAAACAGAAGCUUCCUGUGAAAAGCCACUCAGAGUGUAGAAUCAUAGAAAAAGCAAUGUCACCGAAAGAAGUGGGCUGUGGCAUACAAUUGGAAGAGCAUUCUGUUGAGAUCUCUGUUGAAAACACUACCGAUCAGCACCAGGUCAGAGAAGCUUUACCUGCGUCACUGCCCAAAAUUCCUUGUCUGUCUUCCUUUAAAAUCCAUCUGCCAUACUCUUUGACUUUUACAGAAUUGGUAGAGGAUUAUGAACACUAUAUUAAAGAGGGGUUAGAGAAACCUGUGGAAAUCAUCAGGCAUUACACGGGGCCUGGGGAUCAGACUGUGAAUCCUCAGAAUGGUUUUGUAAGAAAUAGAAUUCCCGAGGAGAGAGUGGCAAUACUGGCAAGUAGUAGUCAGUCUGGAGACUCCGAGAGUGACAGUGAUUCUUACAGCUCGAGGACUUCUUCCCAGAGCAAAGGAAAUAAGUCCUACUUGGAAGGCUCUUCAGAUACUCAGCUGAAAGACUCGGAAUCCACUCCUGUGGAUGGUCCUAUCUCUUUGGAACAACCUCUGAAUGGAAACGACACCCCUAAUCCAGCAGAGUAUCAAGAAUCACCUGGAAUCCAGACAAAGGCCAGGCACAAAGAGGGGGCUAACCAGAGAGCCAAGCAAAGCCGGAGAAACCCUCCCAGAUGGUCUUCCUAUCGUGCACCGGCAGAACCUCAGGAUGAUGGUUGGUAUGACUGCCACAGGGAAACCCAUCCGAGUUCUUCUGAUGCCUAUGACUGCCACAGGGAAACCCAUCCGAGUUCUUCUGAUGCCUAUCAGGAUUAUGAGGAGUACUGGAGGGCGUACUACAGGGCAUGGCAGGAGUACUAUGCUGCUGCUUCUCAGUCGUAUUACUGGAAUGCUCAGAGGCAUCCAAGCUGGAUGGCAGCUUAUCACAUGAAUACCGUUUAUCUCCAAGAAAUGAUGCGAGGCAACCAGUGAUUGUAGGCAGCACCUCGCACCAUCCAGAAAUACCCACAAGUGAUACAUUUGGAUAGCCCAUCUCCUAGGCCUAUAGUAGAGUGGCAGUUUUGAGGAAUUUGAGAAGUCUUAAGGCUUCCUGCUGGGACACCUCUAUUUUUCAGAUUGUUUUGCCCUACCUGACCAGGUACAUUAUCUUUUUUUUAAAGAAACUUCACAGAUCAGAUUCUUGAAGGAAAAUUUUGGGGACAUAGAGCUAAAGGAUGGCAUUUUCUGUAAGCCAUUUGAAAAAGAAACAUUUAAAAAGACCUAUACCAGUGCUUGCUUUAAAAAAAUAAAAACAGUUGAGAUUUAAAAAAUAAUGUCAAGUUUAUGCUGUGGAGUUCUUGACAAAAGGCUUGGACUAUAUUUCCAUAGAAGUGUGUUCUUGUAGAAAUUUGUAGCAUGGCAGAUCAGAGAAUCCCCUCGCCUUUUAUGUUUAGGCAGGAAGGACUAAAUACUGCUUCAGACUUUCCCAAAGGUACUUUCCUGCUUUUUGCUUCCAGUAAAAAUAUUUGUUACCAGUGAAACCGCAAACUUAGCCAAAUGUUUAUUGACAUGUUUAUUGUUCAUCUUUUGAAUGUCUUUUAAGAUUGUGAAAGCUGUCUAUGUUUUUACUGUGUAUUAAAUAGCUCAGGAUCAUCA